GUGUGAUUUGGAUGCUCAACCCAUCGUCUAACCGCAACAUUGGUCUAUUUUAACCCUUCGGCUGGCCCCAAAACCCAACUUUUGAGACAUCCUAAGCCUUCUCUCACGACAUAUUCGUGUGGUUGGAUCAAUACUCUUAUACUCUUCACGUUCUUUUCACAUCAACCGCCGAGCCACCUACACGCAACCGCAAGAGCCACCCUUCACCAUGGCCGAGAAGCUCGACAGCAUCCUCAAAAGCUACGUCGCCGACGGCACGGCAACCAAGGACAAGCUCCUCGGAGCGUCCUUUAUUGUGGUCGGUAAAGAUGGACCCAUCUACCAAGGCUCCGCGGGCCGCACCCGCGUCGACCCCUCCUCACCCCCCUUCCAAACCGACUCCAUCACCUGGAUGGCCUCCAUGACCAAGCUGGUCACCACAGCCUGCGUCAUGCACCUGGUCUCGCGCGGGCUCGUCACGCUCGACGAGGACCUGCGCCCGCGCGUGCCGGAGCUCGCCGCGCUGCCGAUCCUGAAGGGCUUCGCGGACUCGGACAACACAGCGGACUCGGACGACAAAGACUCGGAAAAGAAAAGCCGCGACGGCGCGCCGCUGCUCGAGCCCAACACGAGCCCCGUCACGCUGCGGCACCUGCUGACGCACACCGCCGGCCUCGGCAUCAACCCGGGCGACCCGGACCUGCAGCGCUGGGCCGCCUGGGCCGGCGUCGCCGACCACGUCGGCAGCUGCACCCUCGCCGGCUGGUCCACGCCGCUCAAGUUUGCCCCCGGUGCCGGGUGGUACUACAGCACGGGGACGGACUGGGCCGGACAGGUGCUGGAAAGGGUUGCGGGGGUGAGGUUGGGGGAGUAUUUGGGGGGGGUUUUGGGCGGGGGGUUGGGGAUGGAGGAUACGGGGUUCUUUCGGGAACGGGUGGUGGGGGAGGGGAAGAAGGGGAGGUUUGUGCCGAUUGCGGAGAGGGAUGCGGAGGGUGGCGGGUUGACGGAGAGGGCGGAGAUGUUCCCUGCGGAACCGCAGUGCGAGAGCGGUGGGGCUGGGCUGUACUCGUCCGCUGCGGACUUUGGGAAGGUGGUGCAGGCGCUGCUGAAGGGUGGGUUGGAUGGGGAGGGGAUCAUGAAGCGGGAGGUCGUGGACGAGAUGUUCAAGCCGCAGCUGGAUGAGACGCAGCGGCAGUGGAUGCGGGCGAUUCUCUGGGCCUUUGGGUCUGGCGCUGAGCUGCCCGAGGGCAUGCCCGUCGAUUAUGGGAUUGGGGGUGUGAUCAAUAUGGAGGAUGUGGAGGGACGGCGGCGGAAGGGGAGUUUGAUGUGGUCGGGCAUGUGCAAUUCACGAUGGUGGAUCGACCGUGAGACGGGUAUCGGCGCCGCGAUGGUUGUCAAUGUCUACCCGUACAAUGACCCCACAGCUCUCAAGAUGUACGAUGAGCUGGAACGGGCCGUGUACGCGGAGCUUGUGCCGAAGUGGCAGGCAUCGACGUGA